AUGUCCGGUAAUCCUCCGUCCAUCGUUCUUCUUCCAUCAUCUUCAUCAACAAGUCAAAAUCCUUCUAUUCAAACUAUAACCGCUCAUCCAAUUGUUCGACCUCCUAUCAUUCUUCAUCAACAAGCAUUACAACCGUCAUCAUCUUCAUCAAUACCAUUCAAAAAUGUUAUUGUAAAACCAUAUCGUGAUAGUAUUCAACAAGCUCUAACAACAACGACAACAACAAAUGUUGAUAGUGAUAAUGUUGAGCCACAUCAUCCAAAUAAACGAAUCGCUCUUGAUUCAUCUGAUUUUAAUAAUUCUAAUAUAACAUUUUCAGCUGUACCAAAAUCUGAAGUAAUGACUGUAUUACAACAAGCUCAACCACUAAAUACAGUAUCCCUAGCGACAAUGGUUCCACAAUCAUCAACUUCUGCAUCUUUUUCAACCUUACGUUUAGUAACACCAUCGACAUUUAUUAAUCCCAUACAAACAUCAGGUCAACAAAUUUUACUUCAACAGCGAGGAAAUUUGGUUAUUACACAACCACUUGUUACGUUGCAAGUUCAACAAGAUCUAAAUUCUGCUCAAAAAGAAAAUAAUAAUAAUAAUCCUAACCUUUUUCCAACAGAACCAUCAACUACUAAUAUGAGGGCAACAACAGGUGAUUAUUUACCAGUUCAAUAUCAACGAAAACCAUGUAAUUGUACAAAAUCAAUGUGUCUUAAAUUAUACUGUGAUUGCUUUGCCAAUGGUCUUAAUUGUCAAAAUUGUGCUUGUCUAAAUUGUCAUAAUGAUACACGACAUGAAGAUGAACGAGCAAAAGCAAUAGCUGCUACACUUGAACGUAAUCCUAAUGCAUUCAAAUCAAAGAUGUACAAAUUUGCUAAUACAACUAUUGCACAACCAGAUCGACCUCUCAAAGGUUGCAAUUGUAAAAAAUCAAGUUGUCACAAACGAUAUUGUGAAUGUUAUGAAUCACGAGUGCCUUGUACUAGCUUAUGUAAAUGCAUUGGUUGUAAAAAUACUGAACAAUCAGUACAUCCUCUUAAUGUUGGUUUCUAUCGAUCGGGUCAACCAAAAACAACAACACAAACUCCACUUGAUCAAAUACCACGAACAGGACCUCCAACAGAAACUACUAUUCCAAAUAAUGUUUUUAAUAUGGAAGUAACCGAAGCAUUAACUACUUGUUUACUUGUUACUGGUCAACAAUGUGAAAUGAAUCAAAUGAAUGAUCUCGAUUCAAAACAAGCUAUUCUUAAAGAGUUUCAACGAUGUAUGUAUCAAAUUGUACAAUCAGCACUUGGACGUCCUCGUAAGUUUAAAAAAAAACUUUAA